AAUAUCUGGUUGCCAUGAAUUUCAGCUAGCUAGCCACCGACAGUUGUCAGUACACUUGAGUAAAACCAUCCAUGUCAAGACACAAGAAGGAUUGUCGAAGUCUUGUGCUGCUUCUGUGUACAUAUAGGGGCACACCAGCCUGCCUGCCGACAUACUGUGAAUUGCUGGCUCAGUGACUAGAGCAGAAGACCUUGGCACCAUUGUGUGCCAGUUCAUUUCGAGACCCAGGGAUUUCUGAAUCCAGAAGAUGAACGGUCUUUCCAUACGAGAGCUAUGCUGCCUGUUCUGCUGCCCUCCUUGCCCCAGUCGCAUUGCAGCCAAACUGGCUUUCCUGCCUCCAGAGCCCACCUAUGCCCUUCUCCCUGACCCAGAUCCAGGUUCUGGAGCUGGAACUGCACCUGGAUCUAGCUCUGGAGCUGCCCUGCCAUCGCUUGGAGCCCCAGGACUGCGUUCUCGACUGGGCACUGGUAGUGGAGGUGACAGAGGAGGUGGAGGUGGCAGUGCUGGAGGAGGAGGAGGAGGAGGAGGUGGUGGCGGCAGUGGCGGCGGCGGUGGUGGCGGCGGCGGUGGCGGCAGCAGCAGCAGCAGUGGUGGCGGCAGUGGAAGUGGAGGUGGAAGUGAAGGCAGGUGGAAGCUGCACCUCACUGAGAGAGCAGAGUUCCAGUAUUCGCAGAGAGAGCUGGAUGUGACAGAUGUAUUCCUGACCAGGUCCAGCCGAGGGAACAGGGUUGGAUGCAUGUACAUUCGCUGUGCCCCCAAUGCCAGGUUUACAGUGUUGUUUUCUCAUGGUAAUGCAGUAGACCUGGGCCAGAUGAGCAGCUUCUACAUUGGCUUAGGCACACGCAUCAACUGCAACAUCUUCUCCUAUGAUUACUCAGGCUACGGUGUUAGUACUGGCAAGCCCUCUGAGAAGAACCUUUAUGCUGACAUUGAUGCCGCCUGGCAUGCCCUGCGCUCCCGGUAUGGCAUCAGCCCUGAGAAUAUCAUCCUGUACGGACAGAGCAUCGGCACAGUGCCCACAGUAGACUUGGCAUCACGUUUUGAGUGUGCUGCUGUGGUCCUCCACUCUCCUCUCACCUCUGGUAUGAGAGUGGCCUUCCCUGACACCAAGAAAACAUACUGCUUUGAUGCCUUCCCUAACAUCGAGAAGGUGUCAAAGAUCCCAUCUCCAGUGCUCAUCAUCCACGGUACAGAGGACGAGGUGAUCGACUUCUCUCAUGGUCUUGCCCUGUUUGAGCGCUGUCCCAAGGCCGUGGAGCCCCUCUGGGUGGAGGGAGCCGGUCACAACGACAUUGAGCUUUACAGUCAGUACCUGGAGAGGUUACGGCGCUUCAUCAACCAGGACCUGGCUGCACAGCAUGCCUGAGAAACAAACUACAGCCUCUCUGCGUUUGUAUGAAUGAGACUGUGUGCGUGUGUGUGCGCGCGCGCGAGUGUGAAUGAGUGUGAGUAAGAAAGAGGAUGUCAGUGUGUUUGCAAAGUAUGGGUGAGAAAUAGACCUAAAAAGGAUGUGUGAAUUUUGCCACAUCUGUGUGUCUUUGAAGCAGCACACCUUAAGGUUAAUUUUCAACACAACCUAUCUUUUGUUCCCUGUUUUAAAGGUGAGAACGUUUUAUAAUCUCUCAUUAGCCGUAUCCAUCUGUAUGGUGGAGUGUGAUGAAAAUGUUAAAAACAAGAACUAAGAUGAAACAAAUGUCAGUUUUUAACAUGGUAAAGAUUGUGAAUUGCAGCUUUAAAAUGUGUUUACUCACAUGAAUUGAGAAAGAAAGAACAAUGUGCUUUGACCCAAAAGGCACACAGAUGUAAUUUUAAAGUGUGAUGUGUUGGUGAAUGUAUGGAUCAUCAAUGUGUAUGUUGAGUGUAUAUUCAUAUCUCCAUGGACCUGUGACACCUGAAUAAUAUGUGCACAUGUGUGAGUUUGUGUGCGUGCGUGCGUGCGUGUGUGUGUGUGUGUGUGUGAGCGAGGCAGUGCUGAAAGAAAUGGUCAUCCUGAUAACUCGACAACUGCAAGUGGAGGAUGAUUAUGGGAACUUAUCAAUAAUUGUGUUUUUUUUUUUUCUUUUUUUGCAAGUGUAUGUAUGAAGAAUACCUCCACAGCUUGACCAGUUCUCUCUCCAGUGGACAAACCCUGGUCAAGCAUGUGUCCCCCCCCCUUCCUCCUCCACUCCCUGUUUACCUGUUAAUGGACAUCCAUCUGACUGCCAGGGCAUUUCCCAAGUUGUUGUCCAGCUAACACUAACCUACUCUUUUUGUGUGGUUUGGGGGUCCAUCUUCUUUUCUUUGGUGUCGUUACGGCGGAUACACAAGGACUAGUCUGGAAUACUGUCAUAGCUUGUAUGGCUGUUGGGUGUCUCAUACUUUCCGCUCCCUCAUUUCUGACUUGUUGAAAAGAUCACAGGAUGGCCAGCUUCCAUUUAAUUUCCUGGCUGUGCUGUAAUUUAAACCUUUUACUGUCCACAGACUUGCAGCAGCAACUUACAGGGAAUUAUUUUGAUUUCCUCGUAUUGCUUUUCCCACCCAGUCCUACAUAUUCUGAACAAGAAUGAUGGUGUGGUUGAAAUGGAAGCAGGUCUUUGAGAGCCACACUGAUGAUAUCUCUGGGUAUGUGGAUAUUUCUUAGGCAUUGAAACAGCGAAGGUUGACUCUGUAAUUUUCAUGUCACAUUAGAUCAGUUUGCUCUAAACAGAAGGCUGUAGCCCUUCAGUGUUUGCUGAUGUGUGACGUUUUAAGGCUGGGCUGACUGUGUUGACUUAGUAACAGCAGGAGUAAGUCAGAUCUAAAAGAAUAGGUUGACAUUUGGGAAAUGCAGCUAUUGGUUUUGUGUUAAGCGUUAAAUGAGAAGACUUAUACCACUCUCUUCCAGGAAGUGACUGUAUACAUAACCUGCCAUAAAACCACAGAGGUGCUGGUAGGCAUGAAAGGCUAGUUUUUUGUUACAUUUGGACACAGCCAGGCAAGCUGUUUCUACCCUCUUGAUGCUAAGCUGAGCUGAUGGUUACUGGCUGCAGCGUCAUAUCGACCAUACAUACGUGAAUCAUUUAUCAAUCUCAUCAUCUAACAUCUUCUGUCUUCUCUACAAGAAUGAGAAUAAGCAUAUUUCCCAAAUGUUAAACUAUACCUUUUAAGUUUGGUUGUCAAGGAUGGCUGUGAAUAAUUUGUAGAAUAAUUUGGUGAGCAGACCCUUUUGGAGGCUGGAUUUAGAGGCUUUUGAAGGUAUAACGAGACGGAGUAGCUGCUCAGUUCACCAAACUAAUAAGGAUUAUGUCCGUUCAAAAAUAAUCAUGCUUCAUCAGAGUCAUACUAAUUAACUUGUCGUCUUACAGCACAGUUUGUUUUCCAAGUCUUGUUCCAGUAGCACUCAUCAGUUAGACAGCCUCCUGUUCAUAUUCACCCUCUGCACAUUUUCUUCUAAUGUUUUUGUCUUGAUGUAAUUAAUCCGAACGUGUUUGUCGUAGUGUAGGGCCAUGGACUGUUUGAUUCAGAACCAUGCGUGUUGAUAUUAUGACUAACAAUGUGAUUCAGACCGGGCACCAGGAUGGGACAUCAUGUCUAUUAUAGCUCUGUUUUAAUCUCCUUGGCCCUAAAAUGUAGGAGCUCUCUUAUGGGUGGCAGCACGCUUCAUGUCUGACACAAGCCAUAUUUGAGCCUCUCACUGUUGGUGUGGUGCAGGUUCCACCACACAAACCUUUGCACAUCAUCACACACACAUGCACACACACACAUGCGCACCCAUACACACAUUCAAACACAACAUGCACACACAUAAUACACGUACUGUACUAUACAGUAUAUUUACACAUUUAUAUAUAUCAGAUCAAGCAUGACAAAAGCAGGUCUUAAGUUCAGCACUAUUGUACAAAGCAUCCAAAGUGUAAUAAGGGUAUAAAAUGUAAGUUUGUGUGUCUUCUUCAUUAUUAUUGACUGUCUUCUACAGGCCAGCAUUAAGGAUACUAGCAUCCCGUUUGAAUACGUACUAAUAGGCCCUGUGUGUAGACCUGAAAAAGUAACUAACUGGUUGUAUAGUUGCAGGCUAGCACCACAUUUCAGAUCUACACAAGGUGCCUGCUGCACAGGAGACCCAUCAGUUUCAGUGAUAGUAGCUGCGAUUUGUUAAAGGGAACAUGUACUGAACUAGCACUGAUCUGAUUACUCCAUUUUGGGAGUGCGAGAGGGUCUUAGUAAGCGGUGGAAAGGCUACCAAACACCACUUGCUUGCUGUCAUCAUUUUGAACAGGGAAUUUCUCCAAUCUCAUCCUGUGCUUUGUGUUUCUGAUUAUGUAAAUAAUGAAAAUCUGUUACCAUCUUGAACCAGGGAUCUGAGCUGUCAGAAGAAUUAGAGAAAGCUAUCGCUUUUCUCUGAAAAUAGAAGUAGGCCUCAGUUUUUCCUGGACAGGUCGUAUUAUCAGGGAAACCACUGGAUCCACUUUUCAUUCAUGGGGUUUGGUUCAAGAAACGGGGUAGGAAUUUGCCGUUUUAUUGAUGCACCACUAUGGUUGACGUACAUUGUAUCCUCUGGCCCUGAAUGUUUAUUGAUGGGGGUGGGGGGGGUGGAACAGUGAAAACUGUAUGCAUGUCUAUUGUGUUUUGCCGAGCAAAUGACGGGGUGGGACGUUAUCUCUAUUAUGUAUUCUGUGUGAGGAUAAAGCUGAACUCAUGGCAUUGGAACAUUGAAGCGCUUUUAAAAAAAAAACAAAAAAACGGGACGUUUAUUUGAAUUUUUUUUAUUGCUGAUACUAACUGAUGUAUUGUUAUGAGUUUUGUGCUAGAGUUUGAGUGGGACAGUGGUGGGCGGGUGGGUGGUUGGGGGGCUAGACCAUAUUAGUGGGCUGUUUAUAUGGUUACUGUACUUACCUAUUCUAUUCUUUGUAUUAUUAUUUGUAAUUUUAUGUUGCUUUUUUGAACUGAGAAUAUGAUGUAAUGAAAUUAAUUCAUGGGACUGAAUCUUGACCUU